GCGGGUGUCUCCUACAAAUCAAUCGAGUGAUUCGUCAUCAGCGAGUUAUCCAAAGCUAACCACGAUAUUCCUCACUGUACGAGUUUUGAGUAUCCGACAAUGUCGCUGAUUCCGAGCUGGUUCACGGGGCAAAGGAGCAACGUCUUCGACCCCUUCUCCCUCGACCUCUGGGACCCCUUCAAGGACUUCCCUUUCCCCAACUCCAACUCCCUCUCAACUAAUUUCCGGGAGAACUCGGCAUUUGUGAACACGAGGAUUGACUGGAAGGAGACGCCGGAGGCGCAUGUGUUCAAGGCGGACCUACCGGGGCUGAAGAAGGAGGAGGUGAAGGUGGAGGUCGAGGAUGACCGAGUUCUCCUUAUCAGCGGGGAGAGGAACGUCAGCAAGGAGGACAAGAAUGAUACUUGGCACAGGGUCGAGCGCAGCUCUGGCAAGUUCUUGAGGAGGUUCCGGCUCCCCGACAAUGCGAGGAUGGACCAAGUCAAGGCCUCCAUGGAGAAUGGGGUGCUCACCGUCACCAUCCCAAAAGUCGAAGAGAAGAAGCCAGAGGUUAAGGCCAUUGAGAUCUCGGGUUGAGGACUCAUUGGGGGUUGAGUUGGAAAAUAAUCAUUGUUACAACUUCAGUAAUCCAAUUUUAGUCUAAAUAUUGUCAAGAUGGGGAUGACUACUGGGUAGAGUAAUUUCCCAGCGCGUAAUGUAAUUUUUGGGUAUUAUGUGUGAUGCGGGUUAUUAUG